CGCAACCCAAGCGUUUAACCGGAAAUGUUUGAUUGGAUCGUCGUAUUUUGUUUAUUGAUUUUGUUGUUUUUUCUCGCGUUUUGAUGAAGAAAACAAUACCGACAAGAUGUUAGCUGUCCUCAUUUUGAUUGUGUAACUCAAGACUUUAUAGUCUCGAGGGCCUGGUUAUUUAUUUUAUUUUGAAAGUCUCAGCGGCGGGAUGUAUAUCUUUGGAAUAUUUUACUUUACCAAGAUCUCGCCAUACACCCAGUGAUCGGCAAAACAACACAACAAAGUGGCGCAAAGAAACAUGGCGAGCUCCGAAGAGUCACCAAGACGCCCCUCCGUUACAUCCUCAUCGGUGGCCCUGGAGGCCCUGUUUCCCGCCGGCACGUCGGAGCACACUUGCGGCGAAGGGAACCCGGAGCUCGAGCGACUGCGGGAGCGCCUUCAAGACUGGCUGUCGCCGUACGAGCCUGAGCUGCUGUGGCUUCAGCGGCUGCUGGUGUGGGAGAGGCCGCUGUACAGCAUAUCGGUCGCGCUCACGCUAAACACGUUAUUCUGGCUCCUGUCGUACACUUCCCUGCGCCCGCUAUUCCUGUUGAGUGUGUCCCUUCUGGGGCUGAUGCUGCUGGAGAGAUGGAAGCCUAAGUUGCACACCAUGACUAUUCCACGGGUAGAGGUUUCCCCCAUUCAGAGUGAAUCGAUGAGCACAAAGCAGUGUCUGCUCAGCGUUCCUGAGCUCAGUCACCACUUGGCGGAAAGUUACUUGACGUGUUGUCUGGUCCUACACGAGACACUGCAGUACAAACGACAGAAUCACGGCAAGUUCUGUGCAAUGAUGUGCAGCGGCUGCUUGGCGCUCGCGGUUGUCGGCCAUUACGUUCCAGGAAUCAUGAUCUCUUAUAUUAUAGGUCUUAGUGUAAUUCUGUGGCCACUGGUGGUGUACCACGAACUGAUCCAAAGGAUGUACACUGGGCUGGAGCCCAUCCUCAUGAAACUGGACUACAGCAUGAAGGGAGAAACGGAGCGUCGCAAGCAUGACAAGAGGAAGGUAAAGAAGGAGGUAGAGGAAGGCGACGAGCCCAGAGCUGAAACUGAGAGUGAAAGUGAGGAGGAGCUCUCCUGUUUUGCCACAACGGUGGACGUGAGGACUACGGCCCUGGCGAUGGCCAUCACCGACUCAGAGUUGUCUGACGAGGAGGCUUCCAUAUUGGAGAGCGGCGGCUUCUCAGUUUCCAGAGCCACGACCCCCCAACUGACGGAUGUCUCGGAAGGUAAAUACCUGGAUCAACAGAGUGUACACAGCGAGCCAGAAGAGUCCUAUCUACGGGAUCUGCCCGAGUUUCCCUCCGUUGAGGAGUUUCCGUCCUUGGAACACAACCUCCUCCGCUUUCCGUUGCAAGGUGACAGAUCCCAGGCGAGCGCUCCCACAGAGGCCGAAGCAUUGAGCCCCGCCAGCCUCCUCAUCCAGCACCUUGCGUCCCCACUGCACUUUGUGAACACUCAUUUCAACGGCAACGGGAGACCGCCUAGUGGCGAGGUGGGCGUAUUGCCAGCCACAGGCGAAGGAGCAGCAGGUCAGAGAGGAGAGGGGGAGGCAGCUGCUGUUUCCCAGGGCACGCAGCGGUCACUUGAGGCCCUAAGUGAGGAGAUUGUGAGCACAGCUAUCUCCUCUGUGGUACAAAACACUUUGUCAGCGUUGCUACGCUCGAGUGAGGCCAGCGAGGAGCCUGUCCUGGCCGAGUUCCUCCCUCAUGAAUCCCCCCCAGGUGUUAUGGAGACCUCCGCCCACCCAGCAAUGGCAGUGCCAGGGCCCGACGAGGACCUGAAAACCAUAACCACAGAAUGCGUCACUGCUGAUGACAUGCACGAUGAUACACUCGUUGCUACCGAAGAAGAGGAUUUUGAGCUUCUGGACCAAAGUGAACUUGAGCAGACGGAUGAGGGGCUGGACCACAGCCCUGAAAGACUGCUGGCGGGGGGAGCCUCCAGAGCUCCACAGCAUCAACACUAGUCAUAGCUUCCCCUUUGCCCCCCACCCCCAGUCCAAUGUGUUUUGUUUUUAAUUUGUCCAUUGCAAUGACAUCAUACAAAGCAGUACAGCCAAAAGGUUUAUCAAAGCUUCAGCUGUGUGAGCAUUUUACAUCUGGCCUCAAAAGCGUACAAAUUUGCUUUGUAAGCAAAUUUCCCGGGGCGAGUCAACCUGCUGUCAGAAGCAGAUGUUCGUCCAGAUGUUGUUACAGAGAUUAGGAUUCCAAAGCAUGAGUAUGUACUCUAAAUGAUUUCAUUCAACUGUUAGAUGGUAUUAUCAGCCGAGGGUAAAUUCAAACAUUUCUUGCACCCUUUUAAUGUUUGGAGCACUGCCCAAAUUCUAAUGAGUAAAGCAGAAAAAAAUAUCUGCUUGGUUUAAUUGAGCACAUUGUGGUCAUAGUUGCGCUUUCACUUGUUGCCUGGAAACGUUAACUUUGACAAGUUUUGGGUGUUGAAAAGAAGAUUUUUACCCACACACCCACAAAUGACUUAAAGCGCUUUUCUCUGUGGUUGAUGCCUCGUCUUGACUUAAUAUUAGCGAGUGGAAUCUAUUGUUAUGCCACAUGUCAUUGCUACGGGUGAGAUUGAGUUCUUGUUGUCGUCCAUCUUUAGCAACUAACCACGACAAGUACAUUGCAUGCCAUGCAUUACACAUGUACUAACCCAUGUUCAAUUGCAAUGUUUUGAGUUGGACGUUUUUGCUUUCACCGCUCAGUAUCCAAUUCUCAGGGGGCAGGGUGUAUAAAUUGGCUUUUAGCGUUAUGUUCAUUUCCCCACCUGUCCUCGUGAACUGUAUUUGUACUAACUCCCGACUUUACCAGCCUCCCUGUGUAUAUUGCAGAAAUGAUUACAAAAAUAAAUACCUAAGGAAUUUA